GCCAAGCUGAGCUGUCAUUCAUCAUAGAAUGCGCCCUGUUGGUAAGACGCUGGUGUUUGCUUGGUAUAAAACGCAUUGGUUCACUUGCCAACAAGCGCCAGCAAGUAUCGGACCAUUGUUACUCAACCAGCGCUCACUAAAUCCACCAUGAAGCUCAUCAUCUUAGUUGCUCUGAUCGCCUUCGCAGCUGCUGACAACGCCUACAAAACUGGCAAAACAUACGAAGACCCGGUUGUAACAUACCCGCCAAGACCUUACAGCUUUGGUUAUGACGUCAAAGAUAAGGAUUCCUACGCUGAUUUUGUCCACUCGGAGAGCAGCGACGCCAAGGUGACCACCGGUUCUUACCGUGUCGAGCUCCCAGACGGACGCACACAAAUCGUUUCGUACAGGGCCGAUGAUGGUGGAUACACUGCCGAUGUUAAAUACGAAGGCGAAGCUCAGUAUCCUGAAUACAAGGAGCCUGAGGCUCCAGCUGCUUCUUACCGGGCUCCAGUUGCAAAAACCCAGAAUUACUAGGCACCUGUCGUUCUCAUAUUUGUUCCAAACUGUACCCUGACUCAAUUAACAUUGUGAAUGAAAACAUAUUCGUUGACAAAAAUGUAAUAAAAAUGUACAAAAACUCAAA